AUGAGGCCGCCGCUAGAUGUGUCCAAGGUUAGGGCUAUCUUGAUUGUCGUCUGGACGACCAUUUUCCUCGAAUCCAUCAGCAUUGGUGAAGGCGCGCGGGGCACUGUGCUUCUGCACAGGAUAGCCAACACUGCAGCCUCCAAAUCGAUGACCCGCCGAAGGAAUGUCGCGUACUAUGGGAACAUCAGCAUUGGCACGCCGCCCCAGCACUUCACAGCAUGCUUUGACACCGGCAGUGCGGAUCUGUGGAUGCCCUCUGACAGCUGCCAGAGCGCCAGCUGUGCAGCGCAUCAACAGUAUGUACAGCGCAACUCAACAACAUUUGAGGGCACAGAUGGGGUGUUCUUCAUAGAGUAUGGCACGGGGGCAGUGGAGGGGACAACGGUGUAUGACUCCCUGCAGCUGGCCGAGCCACUGAUUAACAUCGAGCGGCAGGGAUUUGGUCUGGCCGACCAAGCCUCCAUCACUUUUGCUGUCGCCAGCUGCGACGGCCUCUUUGGGCUGGCUUUUCCUGCACUGUCAAAACAAGGGGUGGCUCCGCCCUUCUUCAACAUGCUCCAGGAGAGGCUGUUGGACGCUCCAGAGUUUUCCAUCUGGCUCAACAAGGACACCCGGGAGGGGGUGUUCCCUGCUGGAGAACUGCUGCUCGGGGGCAUCAACCCUGCUAGGUACAGUGGGGAGCUACAGUACCACCAAGUCAUUGGCACAAGGUAUUGGCAGCUGGAGCUGUCAGGCAUCAAGGUGGCAGGGAAAGGUGUCUCAAGCCUGAAGUCCAAGGGAGUCAUUCUUGACAGCGGCGCAUCUCUCAUCUUUGCCAGCACUCAGGACGCAGACACCAUCAAUAAGGCCAUCCCCGGCAUGGUGUUCUGGGAGGAGGCAGGCCUGUACAAUGUGACUGGCGGCUGCGCAGCCGUCCCCUCGCUGCCGCCCCUGACCUUCACCAUCGACAGCGUUGACUACACACUCAGCCCCCAGCAGUACAUCCUUCAGCUCCCAGAGGACGACCCUGCCUACUGCAUCUCAGCGGUGAUGGGCGGAGGCACUCAGCAGUACCUGGUGCUGGGCAACUCUUUCAUGCGCUCCUACUACGCUGUCUUCAGUGUUGGCGCCGCUUUCAAUGGCUCCCGAGUGGGCCUGGCGCCCUCCACAUAG